AUGGCGAAUACGGUGGCCGGUUUAACUCCGGUUUUGGCUCCAAUCUAUUCUCCCAUAACUCUUAAUCGAAAGCCAAUCACUUUCCACAAGCCGCAUCUUCUCUCUUACAAGCAAAACCCUAUCUCCACUCUUCUACACAGGUCAAGAGCUGUUCGUGUGAUAGAGGUAGCACGCAAGCAAAGGAAUAAGUUGUUUUCUGUUUUUGGGGCUCUCUCUGAUGACUCAGAGUUAAACCCAGAAGAAGAAGAAGAAGAAUCAAAGGUUUCCUCAGAGGGAAAGGUUGGUUCUAUAGAUAUUAAGCUGCCAAGAAGAAGUUUGCUUGUGGAGUUCAGUUGCAACUCAUGUGGAGAGAGAACAAAACGGCUUAUCAAUCGUUUGGCUUAUGAACGUGGCCUUGUCUUUGUCCAGUGUGGUGGAUGUCUUAAGCAUCAUAAACUGGUUGACAAUCUUGGUCUCAUUGUUGAGUAUGACUUCCGCCAAGAAACCUCCAAGGAUUCGACUACUGAUCAAAUUUGA